AUGAUACCACAGCAUAACCCUCUUGAAAAGCGAUACUCAUAUUGGUUCACUGCUUCUGAUUCAACUAAAACAGUUACAGACUAUGGAGAUUCUAUCAAAAUGAUAGGCAGUUUUGGCACGAUUGAAGAGUUUUGGCAAUAUUACUCUCAUCUCAAAAAACCUGAUGAUGUCCCGCUGAAUACCGAAUAUCACGUAUUUCAAGAAGGAAUCAAGCCUAUGUGGGAAGAUGAAGCCAACAAAAAAGGAGCAAGGUGGAUCUUAAGAAUUAAAAAAGGUGCGGCUUCACUAUUUUGGGAAGAACUUCUAAUUACUAUGAUUGGAGAACAGUUUGAUGUUGCUGACGAAAUCUGUGGAGUAGCUGUGUCCAUCAGAGCUAACGAAGACAUCUUUUCUAUCUGGAUACGAAGCGGACAAGAUCUCUCAGUCAAAAAUUCAGUCAAAGAAACUCUGAAGAGAAUUUGGAAGCUAAAUGACAACGUCUUCUUGGAAUACAAAGAGCACCCGACUGCACAAAGAACUCACCCAAGAUAUAAGCAUAAUUAUUAA